UUCUACAUUUUAUUUAAGCGCUUUGAAAGUUUGCUAACUUCCUUGUUUUCAUAAAAUUUUUGUAUGUUUACACUAUAACCGAUCUAUAAACUACAAACUAUACUGAGAACUAUGUCUAUAAACGGACCGGAGUUCGAAUACUGGCAGAAUAAAAAGCCUCGAUACAUCAAUUUGAAACGACAAUCUAAAGUACAUGUUGAUUUUAAAAACCUUACCACGUCUGUUUCUGAGCCGGAUUCGAACCGCAGUGUGGUGAUUGUCGAGACUUCAAAUGGGAGACUGUUUGAAUUAGAGUGCACAGAGGUGAACAGGGUGCAAGAACUGUUUGAUGUGGUUGUGCAGCAGUUGAAUGUAGUCGAGCAUUUUUAUUUUGGCCUCGCGUGGGUUAAUGAGAAGGACGAGUAUCUCUUCUUGAAUCUCAAACACACACUCAAGGAGGUGGCACCUAAAGAAUGGCUGUCAGGCAGUGUGCCCUCUUUCAAGCUCCAUUUCCUCCUCAAAUUCUACCCCUCAACUAACUCUCCAUCUGCAGUAGAAAAGACAGAUGGAGAGGAGUGCAUUAAGAGUGAGUGCACUAAGCAUCUGUUGUACUGGCAGACUAGAAGGGACAUUGUGAGUGAGAGACUCGACUGUUCCGAGGUGGAUUCGAUCCUCUUCGGGGCUAUCGCUCUCCAGGCAGAGUACGGCGACUACACUGGACACACUGCAGACAACACAAACAUACGAAGUUAUGUUUCUGAGAGCAUCGUUGAGUGGUUCGGAGAGGACGAACUGGUAUCCGAACUAUGCCGAGUGCACAGAAACUAUUUCGGCUACGAGAGAUCGGAGGCACAGAGUCUCCUGAUACGAGAAGCUGCCAAACUUCCCGACUUCGGCUGCUUCUACUAUCAACUUGGCGAUGGAAACGAAGCUAACUUAGUCGCUGUGUCUUCUUCGGGACUUCUCGGAAUUCUGGCGAAUGAAAGCGAUUGGGAGCGAAAAAUUGUUUUCACGCACGACUGGAACGAAGUCUUAAGUGGAAGUUUGGCCGACGGGGAAGUGACAUUUUCAAUUAAGUCAUCGGAGAAUAACAAAUUACGGUUGAAUUUCAGAUCUGAUCUUUUCAAGGCUCUUUAUUUUAGCCAACUGUGUAAUGUAUUAUUCAAACUAAACCGCGCGAUCAAAAUUCAGAGAAGUGAAGCGGAAACUAGUGAGAAAAUGCGGAUGACAUUUUCAGUCGGGAGUCUCUUCGGGUCUUUAGAUGAAAAAUUUGCUUCAUUCAACGAAAAGAAAAGAAUCAGAUUAUAUUUAUCCGGAAGAAACGAUACAAUUUACGAAAAUGCAACACUUAAAAAUGACAAUAACAUUGAAGAAAAAUCAAGAAAAGGCAAUUUUGAAACAGACACAAAAGAAACUACUCAAUCACCAAAAACACUUAGAUCGCCUCCAAGUUCAAAUCAAAAUGGAACGGUACGCAGAGUUGAAACCAUUCAUCUGGAGUCAAUUGGCAACAUUACAAAUUGUUUAACACUCAAACAUGGCAAAAGUGACAAAUCAAUUUACAUUGACAGAGUUCUUCCAGGUUGUGAGAUUUCGAGUCAAAAUGGUAAAGGGGUUGUCGUGCCUGAAGACAGGGUUCUUGCCAUCAAUGGUAUGAGCUUAGAAGAGUCAAAUUUGACUGAAGCUAGAAAUUUGAUUGCAAUUUCUGGUUCCAAAGUUGAACUCAUAGUAUCUCGCUUUCAAAAAGCCGAAGGUCAAUUCUUAGAGAACGAAAAUAUAUCUGUGAAAAGGAGAAUAAAACGUGGUGAAAGUAUUGCAUUUGACUUUGAGUUUAUGGAUUCGGGAUCAGAAAAAGGGGACAAAGGCGGCAAUGUCUCACCCGAAAAACAAGAAGAACAAGAUGGUUCUCCCAAAAGUUACCUGUCAUUGAACAAUAGCUCAACUAAAGACGAAGUUUUUCUAUCACCUUUGGAGACUUCACCGAACAAUCAAGUUUCUUCAUCAUCGCCAGGUAACAAGAUCAAUCAAGUCAAUCAUGGAGACUACUUCAAAGUUGACCUUGGUCGCAUUAAUGGUGCAUUAGGAGUUGUUCUAUGUGACAAUCACUCUCGAAAUGGCGUCUUUGUGAGAAGUUUGACAGCCAAUGGAUCUGCCGAUUUAGACGGGCAAAUAAAACCAGGUGAUCGGGUGUGUAAGAUACAUGGAAAUUCAGUUGACAAUAUAGACGCAAAAGAAACGGUUACACUUCUGCGAAGCGCUCCUCAAGUUGUGAGAAUUGAGUUGCAACGAUGGAUGUUGCCUAUCAAUGAGUACCAGCCAAGACCUCCUCCUAGUUAUGACUCGUUUGUAAACAAAAACAACACUUUCUUCGUGACUUUGACAAAAGAGGAAUCGAGAGGUGAUGAGGAUGUUGAUUCUUUGGGAUUCACUGCUUCCGGGUUUGCUGACGUGCCUUGCGGAACAUCCGAGGAAUUAAUUCCAAGAAUUCGUCAGCUUCAACUGGGAGGACCGGCUCAAAGAGUUGGCGUGAUUAGAAAUGGUGACGUUAUUUUAGGUGUAAACGGUUUUCCGAUGAAAAACCGGCCAUAUGAUGAUUUUGUUCACACAGUGCGCGCAUCAAAAAGAAACGUCUGUCUUGAACUAUGCCGACCUUUGCCGGGAGUUUUAAUACAUACUUCAAAAUGUCAUGUUAGAAACCAAGCUAAGGAAACGAAGCAAAAUCCAAGCAAUCAGAAUAAAACCACCGCAAAUCUCAGGAACUUAGAAAUUCCAAAUUUUCAUGAAGUUCACGAAGAGUCACAAAUUCUUCAGAUGAGCGUCCAGCUUCAUAAAUUGGCUGAUGAAAGCAUGGGAAUUGUUUUCAAAUCAUUGAACAGAGAAAAACAAGAACGAGACUUUGCAAUUGUUAAACGUAUAACACCAGGUAGCUUAGCCGAUAUUCAAAGUGAUUUGAGACCUGGCGACUUGAUUAGUGAGUUACGUUUUGACAGUCCUAGUUUUACAGUCAACGGAUCCAAGUGUGAUUUCUUAAACAACAGCGGGACUAUGAAGCUCAUCAAGCAGUCUGAAGGAACUGUUCAGUUAGAUAUUCUCCGGAAAGGGGAGCAGUUUGAACACUUGGAGAGUUGUUCACUUCAGAAGCUAGUUUGUUCAUGUCUGCUUGAACGAGUUUCGGAUAUUGAAUCAGUGAAAAACGGAGGUUUUUCACGUUGGCCAGUCGUCCAAUCGAGAGCUUCGGAUUAUGAGAGAACGAAACCCGACUGUUUGGUAAUUCAGAAAAGAGGUAUAGAGAAACCCUUGUUCAAAGUCAAAGGUGCGACUCACUACAUAGGAGGAAAUCUCGCCCGAAAAGUUCGAGAUACAAAAAACUCAGUUCUGUCCAAUGAGUGGAAAGUUCAGUUUGAAGAGAUGAACCUUGCAACUAUGCAAUCCAACGGUUCAAGCGACUAUCCAAACAUUGAAUCAAAAGAGGACUUCUUGCUGAUUGAUUACUAUUUCCCUCUGCAAACCGCUCCAUCGUCUUACAUUUUGGAUGAGAGUCCUACUGAUCAGAAUAUUCUAGACUUCUUGAACAUCAUCUGGAAACAGGACGUCAAAGUGAUUGUUACUUUUGACGAAACAGGUCUCCUAACAUAUGUUCCAGAAAGUCUAGGCGAGCAAUUAACAUUUGACGAUUUUGUAAUUUAUUUGAAACAAUCGGAGGAAUCUCAAAUUUCCAGCUACAAAAAGUUGCAAAUCAAGCGAAGACAAUCAGGCAGCUCAACUGAAGUGCAAAUUUUGACCUUGAAAAAUUGGAGUUCCGAACAUGUUGAAAUGAUGCCAGCUACUUCAGAAAUUAUCCAAUUUGUCAACUUAGCCCGGAUGUUAUUGCAACGCUGCGAACAAAGCUCUACAUUUCUGGCUGUUUCAGCUGAUAUUGACAAUCAAGCGUCUGUAAUUACAAUACUACAUGUUUUAUUGCGCACUGUUGAACUAGACCAUGAAGUAGAUUUGCCCAAAGUAGUGGGCAACUUCAGAGAAUAUCGUCCUUCUAUAUUGUGGAAGGAAGAAAUGUUUAAAUUUUUGUACUUGUGUUAUAUUGCACUGCUUGAAUCAAUUGAAUCCUAA